AUGGGAUCAGUCGACACUAUCGGGCCUCUUUUCCAACCUCUCCAAUUGGGAGCAUUUUCGCUCCAACACCGCGUUGUUCAGGCACCAUGUACUCGUAUGCGAGCUACCAAGGAGUCUGAUGGCGUGUUUGUUCCAACCGAUCUCAAUGCCGAAUACUAUUCUCAGCGUGCUUCCGCCGGUGGAUUGAUGAUCACAGAGGGAACUCCAAUUAGUCGGCUGGCCGCGGGGUAUCCAGGUGUCCCUGGUAUUUUUACAGCUUCUCAGAUUGCCGGCUGGAAGAAGGUCACCGAUGCCGUGCACGCUAAAGGUGGCUUGAUUCUGUGCCAACUGUGGCACGUCGGUCGAGCUACUUGUCCCUCUUUUCUUGGUGGGGAGCAACCUAUUGGUCCAAGCGAUAUUCCAAUUAGUGGUAACGCGAUGGAUGGGACUGCAUACGCCGCCUCGCCUCCGCGACCGAUGACGGUGGAGGAGAUUCAGGACGUUGUGAAGGAACAUGGUGCAGCGGCGAAAAGGGCGAUGGAGGCAGGAUUUGAUGGUGUGGAGAUUCAUGCCGCGAAUGGAUAUCUCCUCGACCAAUUUCUCCAUGAUAACGUCAACACCCGCACCGAUGACUACGGAGGCUCUAUUGAAAAGCGAUCCCGCCUCAUUAUUGAAACCAUUAAGGAAGUCAGCGCCGCCGUCGGUGCCGAUCGUGUCGGAAUACGGUUGUCACCUUACAACUACUUCCAAGAUACUCGUGAUUCCAGUCCGAACUCAAACUGGCUCACUUUAUGCUCCAUGAUCGCCAGCCUACCCACUGAGUCGAGGCCAGCGUACGUACACAUGGUCGAGCCCAGAUUCGACGAAGUGCUAGAUGAGAGCGCCAAGAUUGACUCUUUAUGCGUGGAGAAACCAUCCUUGGAUGUAUUCCGACCGACUCUGAAGAAGGGUAGUGUCGCACUCCUGGCGGCCGGAAACUUCAAUACAGAGAAUGCGGGCCCGAAGAUUCUCAAUGAUGGUGCGGAUGCGGUGGUCUUUGGUCGUUAUUUUAUCUCCAAUCCCGACCUGCCUAAACGACUGAAGGAGGGACUGCCAUUGAAUCCGUAUGAUCGCAGUACCUUCUACGGGGCUGAUCCUGCUGAGAAGGGGUAUACCGACUACCCUUUCUACAGUAAAUAG